AUGUAUGUUGAAGAUCAUGUCAAGCACCAUGGACAAGACUUUUCAGCCUCAAAAGGAAAGAGGAAUGAAGAAGCAAAACAGCCAAGCUUAGCUUCGCCACACAGUUCCCAGAAAUGUCCAGGAGAAAUCCCUGCUGAUAGUGAAAUAUCAAGUGAGGUGGCUAAAUUGAAGUUGAAAUUGUCAACAAAAGACAUUCCAAACAAUGAUUGA